CUUUGAUGCCGCGUUCGGCGACGCACAGGCUCCCGUCACUCCGGUCACCCAGGCCGAUACCCCGGCCGCCCCGAGGGAGACCAAAGUCUACGAUGACGUGGACUCGAUCAUCGAGAUGCUCCCCGAGGACGUCAGAGGCAUUCUCACGACGCAUCGCAACAGGGACCAGCUCCUCGAGGUCGUCCUCGACCUCGGCCGCAGGCCCGAGGCGAGGUUCGCCGGCGACCUUCCAAACGAAUUUCUCCGCGACGAGGUCAUCUCGCAGGCGGAUCUCGACGCGGCGGAGGCGUCCGUCGGGGAGUUCGGCGGGGACAACAGGGCGGGGAUCGAGGGUACUCUGCACCGUAUAUCCGCCAUCAGGAACAGGCGGGGCAAGAUCGUGGGGCUCACCUGCAGGGUUGGCCGAGCGGUGACGGGCCACGUGGAGAUGAUUGAGGACAUGCUGACGGGCAACGAGUCCAUCCUGUUCCUCGGCAGGCCGGGCGUCGGCAAGACCACCGUGAUCCGCGAGAUCGCGCGCGUCCUCUCCGACGAGCUCGGCAAGAGGGUGGUGAUCAUCGACACCAGCAACGAGAUCGGCGGCGACGGAGACAUUCCCCACCGCGCCAUCGGCAGCGCGCGUCGCAUGCAGGUGCCCGACCCGGCGCUGCAGCACCAGAUCAUGAUCGAGGCUGUGGAGAACCACAUGCCCGAGGUGAUCAUCGUCGACGAGAUCGGCACGGAGGAGGAGGCCAUCGCGUGCAGGACCAUCGCGGAGCGCGGUGUCCAGCUCGUGGGCACCGCUCACGGUCAGCUCCUGGAGAAUCUCAUCAAGAACCCCACGCUGACGGACCUCGUCGGCGGCGUGCAGUCGGUGACGCUGGGCGACGACGAGGCGCGCGCGAGGGGGUGCCAGAAGACCAUCAUGGAGCGCCAGGCGCCGCCCACGUUCCCCAUCCUCAUCGAGAUGCACGAGCGUUCGAUGUGGGUCGCUCACAACGUCGAGGAGAGCGUCGACGAGGUGCUCGCGGGCGGCAGGCCGAUGGUGCAGGUGCGCUCCAGGGACCAGAACACCGGCCAGGUUCGCUUCAACCGCACGGUGUACGACAUGGACGUCUUCCUGUCCCAGAAGAACGUCGCCUACACCCUCGGGUCCAUGGGCGGUCUCAUGGGUGCCACCGCCGACCUGGCCGAGGCGAGGAGUUUCGGGCUCGCGGAGGAGGGCAUGGCCAACAACGCCGUCGCCAAUGGCUGGUCGCCGUCCGACUACCCGGGAACAAACGACUCCAUCGACGACCCGUACGCGUGGGCGAAUAACCUCGGUAUGGUUCCGGAUAAGGAUGCGCUGGAGGCCAUGGGGGCGCACGGGUACGUCGGAACCGGGAAGUACGGCAACGACAAGCGCGGCAACGGGAGGCAGUCGAAGAGGGGGCGCCAGGGGCCCAGGGCGUUCCGCUAAGAGCGCGAGAUCGGGGAGGCAUUUUUAUCAGCAGACGGCGGCAGCGGAGCGAGCAGGUUGAGGAUUGUACCAACACGCGCACGACUGACGGGAGUCGCGCGCAGCAUGCAUGUUGUUUUAAUUCGCAUUUUGUACUGAUUUUGGUUGUAACACGUAAACGAAACAUAAACAAGCUGUGACGUCCAUUGGCUAGAGUGCGUGCACGGUUCCGCGUCGACCAAACCUCCCUCCGUCCCUCCCGACGCGCGGUUAGCCCAUCCCGAAAACCUUUCUGAGUUCCCUGUCCUCGUUCCUGCGCUUCACCGACGCGGGCGGCUCGACCAUGACGGGAGUUAUCUGGUCCGGGAUCGAUUUGGCCGCGUACUCCGAUUUGGCCGCGUACUCCACCGCCUCCACCUUCAUCACCGUGGGCGGUGGGCUCGACUCGUCCCGCGCCGUCGCUUUCGCCUCCUUCUUGGGCGAUUUCUUACCGACGCCGAGGAAGUGUCCCUUCCUCGGCGACUGCCCCCUCGAGGUGGCGCCCCCUUCCUUGCGCGGGGAUCCACCCCGCAGCGCCUCCAUCACCGAGAACACCACCGCGGGCGCCG